CUUUUAUGUAGCUGGUUUUAAGAAGUUUUCCAUUGUUUCUUUUAUAUUAUAUUAAUUUAAUGUUUAGGAAAAAAAAGAUCGUGUUCUGGCUCCGAUUGGGAUCGACGUGUUAUAGUUGCAAGAGCGAGUUAUGCAUUUUAUUUUGAAAUUUUUAACCGGAAGCAAAAGUCAUUUUUCUUGCGCUACCUUGAAAAUAAAGUGGAGGCUGGUGGAAAGCGCUUCUUAAGACAUGUACAUUUUUUUUUACAACAUGACUCUGUUUACGUGGGGCAGCUAGGAGUCUAAAUGUCCACGUGAGACUCCCCGGAGAUCAGGCUGUUGGUUAGGCGACACGCUGCGGAUGAUACAUUGCAGCUAGCCUAAAGCUGCUAUAGUUAGCUAGCUCCUACUCGCCAGGUUUGACUUUCUUGUGCUUUCCAGGCUGAUAGCGCAGUGAGUAAUGUGGAAAGUAACGUUAAAAGCGUUCGGCGUUUUGCUGUUGGCAUGGUUGUUGGGAAACUUUGUUCUGGGCUGGUUUCAGCAAAACACCAAACCCCAAACGCAGCACAGCGAGCAGCAUCCGAGCAGAACCUCGGAGAGCCAGGACCAGAGCUGCUUCUGCCAUCUCACAGGUGUCCUGGACGACUGCUUCUGUGACGUCGAAAGCAUCGACAUUUUCAACAACUUCAAGAUCUACCCUCGCAUCAGGAAGCUGACAGAGAGAGACUACUUCAGAUACUACAGGGUGAACCUGAAGCGACCGUGUCCCUUCUGGCCUGAUGACGGACACUGCUCCAUCAAAGACUGCCACGUGGAGCCCUGCCCAGAGAGCAAGGUUCCUGUUGGCAUCAAGUCUGGGAACUACAACAAGUACUCGCAGGCGGCCAAUACGAUGUCGGACGUGGUGGAGUGCGAGCAGGCCAAGGAGCUGGGUGCCAUCAACAGCACCCUGAGUAACCAGAGUAAGGAGGCAUUCGCUGACUGGGCGAGACACGACGACGCUCAGGAUCACUUCUGUGAGCUGGACGAUGAGACGUCUCCAGAUGCCGAGUAUGUGGAUCUGCUCCUGAAUCCGGAGCGAUACACCGGAUAUAAGGGUCCUUCAGCCUGGAGAGUCUGGAACAGCAUCUACGAGGAAAACUGCUUCAAGCCCAGGUCGGUGUACCGACCUCUGAACCCUCUGGCUCCCAGCAGAGGAGACGAUGAUGGGGAAGGUUUCUACACCUGGCUUGAAGGUUUAUGUUUGGAGAAGAGAGUUUUCUACCGACUCAUCUCAGGCCUCCACAGCAGCAUCAACAUCCACCUGUGUGCCGAGUACCUGCUGGACGAGGGCUGGGGACGCUCAGUGUGGGGUCCAAACAUCCAGGAGUUUCGUCAGCGUUUUGACAUGGCAGAGACAAAGGGGGAGGGCACGCGACGCCUGAAAAACCUCUACUUCCUGUACCUGAUCGAGCUUCGGGCGCUCUACAAGGUGGCUCCGUACUUUGAACGAGCCAUCGUCAACCUAUACACGGGAAAUGCUCAGGAGGACGGAGAGACCAAAGACCUGCUGCUGCAGAUCUUCAAUGAGAUCAAAGCCUUCCCCAUGCACUUUGAUGAGAAGUCCAUGUUUGCUGGACACAAACUGGAAGCCAAAACAUUAAAGGAGGAGUUUCGUCUCCAUUUCAAGAACAUCUCCAGGAUCAUGGACUGUGUGGGCUGCAGUAAAUGUCGCCUCUGGGGGAAACUGCAGACUCAGGGUCUCGGUACUGCUUUGAAGAUCCUCUUCUCUGAGAAGGAGAUCAAGAACCUUCCUGAACACAGCCCAUCCAAAGGCUUCCAGCUUACUCGUCAGGAGAUCGUGGCCUUGAUGAACGGCUUCGGCAGGUUAUCCACCAGCAUAUAUCAGCUCCAUCACUUCCGUCAGCUGUUGAAGGAGAAAAGGUAACAGGAGGCGAUGCUCCACCUGGACAGCAGGCGUCACCGUCCCACACUGCAACAGUCUACCUGCUCUCAGAAGAAGGCCUCCUGCAUGGACCUGAGGACCAGCAGUGACCCCUGUUUUUGUCCCAUGAACCACCCCUCUAUAAGCCCCUCCCCCCCGUCAUACAUCAUGAAUGUUAAUUCUUCAGCCUCCUCUCGCCUUCAUCAGAAAAUAUUUGGAACAUUUAAACCGACACGUUUUUCUCUACUCUUGAAACGUGUCCUCGAAUUAUUUUUGAAAAGAAAAAAGCAGCAGAUGUUGAUGUAGGACAACAGGAACAGAGCGAGGCCUCAGCGACCAGAGGCCCGCCGCAGCAGGAGACUCUGUGGUUUACAGCUGCUGGGGACAUCCACCCUCUGCUGACCUCACAUCCUGUUGUAUUUUAUACUGACACCUGAUCUCCUGUAGAAGAAGGAAGGACGGGCGCCAAGCCUGUCAGCGCACAGCUGCCUGUGUUUGUGUUUGUCUUUACUUUUUACUGUUGUUGCUCCAAGUCUGCUCGUGUCUGCCACCUCAGGCCUAACUCAUGUCAGCUCACUGUGUGUGUGUGUGUGUGUGUGUGUGUGUGUGUGUGUGUGCGCUGGUGAGAGCUCACAGACCAUCUUUUGCUUUGUUUUCUCUCACGUCCAGCUUCACUGCAUCAAACCAAUGAUGGACACAGUCAGUGUGUCCCUGACUUCUUUGAUUAUCGGCCCUCAGAACGCCAGGCUUCAGUCCUUACAGGCACAAAUAAAAUGACUAACUCGGCCCUCA